AUGGAAGAACAGCAGCCUCAGGAUGAGGAAAAGAGCCAGUCCCGCAGGCAGAGCCAGGAGGCGCAGGAGGCGCAGGAGAGGCGGCCUAGCACUUUGUCCCAGAGGCCCUCGCUGCCCCGGCUACCCGAUAUUUCAGCCCGCGGGUCCAGAAUCAGCAUGGGGGCGCCUAUGUCCCAAACCCACCUCGGCUCAGCACUGUCCCAAAUCAGCCUGCCGCGGGGCUCUAUGGCCAGCCUGCGGCCGCCGCCUGAAGAUGAAGGGGAGGGCGAGCCUCCCAUGGAGAGCGCAGAGGCCGAGGCCGAGGCUGAGUCCGAGGCCGAGUCGCAGGGCCUGAUUAACCUGGUGGGUGUGGCUCCGAGCCACAUCAGCAUGCCAGAGACCUAUGCCCCGGUGGACGGGGCUCAGUUUGGCCUCUUUCAGCCGGCGGAACUCCGCACCAGCACCAUGUUUCAGCCCGAACCCAUGCUGUCCUCCAGCAGUUUUCUGCAGGAUGAGGAGGAGGGGCCUCACGGCCCCUACGCCAUGGACGAUCCGCGGUUUAGGGGCUCCCACAUGGAACCCGGCUUCGGGCCCUUCGACUACGAGCUGCCCGAGCCUGAGCCCCGAGAACUCAUGAUCCAGAAUGCCAAGGCCUACCUGCUGAAGACCAGCGUCAAGUGUGACCUCAGCUUGUAUGAGCACCUGGUGAACUUGCUGACCAAGAUCCUGAAUGAGCGGCCAGAGGACCCCCUGGCCAUCUUGGAGUCCUUGAACCGGACGGUCCAGCAGGAAUGGUUCCACAAGAAGCUGGAUACCCUGCGUGAUGACCCCGAGAUGCAGCCCACCUAUGAGAUGGCUGAGAAGCAGAAGAUCCUGUUCCUCCGAGGGGCAGGAGAGGGUGAGCAGGAGAUGGAAGAGGAGGUGACGGAGAUCCCGGUGCCCAACAUCAUCGAGUCGGGCUUCUACUUCGAGCAGGCGGGAGUAGGGCUGAACUCGGACGAGACCUUCCGCAUCUUCCUGUCCCUCAAGCAGCUGGUGGAGCAGCAGCCCAUCCAGACAUGCCGCUUCUGGGGCAAGAUCUUGGGCCUCGAGCGCAACUACCUGGUGGCCGAGGUGGAGUUCCGCGAAGGCGAGGAGGAGGAGGAAGAGGAGGAGGCCGAGGAGCUGGUGGAGGGAGCGGGCGAGGGGGUGGAGGGCCGGGGCGAGGAGGAGGGCGAGGAGGAUGAGGAGAAGGAGGUGGACGAGCCGCCCAAGUCCACGUGGAAGCCGCCGCCCGUGAUUCCCCGGGAGGACAGCCGCACCGGGGCCAACAAGUAUCUCUACUUCGUGUGCAACGAGCCGGGGCGCACUUGGACCAAGCUGCCCCACGUCACGCCCGCGCAGAUCGUCAACGCGCGCAAAAUCAAGAAAUUCUUUAGCGGCCACCUGGAGAGGCCCAUCGUCAGCUACCCGCCCUUCCCCGGCACCGAGGCCAACUACCUGCGGGCGCAGAUCGCGCGCAUCUCGGCGGGUACCCAGAUCAGCCCGCUCGGCUUCUACCAGUUCGGGGAGGAGGAGGGUGACGAAGAGGAGGAGGGCGGCGCCGGGCGCGACAGCUACGAGGAGAACCCGGACUUCGAGGGCAUCCCCGUGGGAGAGCUCGUGGACUCGCUGGCCAACUGGGUGCACCACACCCAGCACAUCCUGCCCCAGGGCCGCUGUACCUGGGUGAAUCCCAACCAAAAGUCUGAGGAGGAAGAGGAGCUAGGGGAGGAAGAGGAGAAGGCAGAUGAACCGGAGGAGGUGGAACAGGAAAUCGGACCCCCUCUCCUGACACCACUGUCUGAAGAUGCAGAAAUCCUGCAGUUGGCCCCCUGGACAGCACGGCUUUCCUGCAACCUCUGCCCUCAGUACUCCGUGGCUGUGAUGCGCUCCAACCUGUGGCCAGGGGCCUAUGCUUAUGCCACGGGCAGGAAAUUUGAGAACAUCUACAUUGGCUGGGGCCACAAGUACAGCCAGGAGAACUUCAACCCCACGCUGCCCCCCGCGGUGCAGAUGGAGUACGUCACUGGGCCUGAGACUAUGGAAAUGGCCGACCCCACGGUGGAAGAGGAGCAGGCCUUGAAGGCUGCCCAGGAGCAGGCCCUGGCGGCAGCUGAGGAGGAAGAGGAGGAAGAGGACGAGGAAGAUGAAGACGCUGAUGACUAAGGGGAGGGGGAUUUCUUACCUUGUGAAUAUUGAUUUACUUAGAGAAUUAUUUAUUUUCUACUUUGGAGAAGGGUGGGGUGUUUUCCUUUAAAAAUACCAUUCCUCUCCUAGAGCUGGCCUGUUUCUAACGCCAUCCUUCUGCUUAGGGACCUUCCUUGGCUUCUCACAACCCCUGAAAUCAC